AUGGCAGCACAGCAUUCUGGUUAUCGAAGCGUCGCCUACUUCGUGAACUGGGCCAUCUACGGGAGGAACCACCAACCCCAGGAUAUCCCAGCAGAGAAGCUUACACACGUUCUAUAUGCCUUUGCAAACGUUCGACCAGAUUCUGGCGAGGUAUACUUGACCGACAGCUGGUCUGACACUGACAAGCACUACCCAUCGGAUUCGUGGAACGAUACUGGCAACAAUGUCUACGGCUGCAUCAAGCAGUUAUAUCUGCUCAAGAAGCGGAAUCGCAAUCUCAAAAUCUUGCUGAGCAUCGGCGGCUGGACCUACAGCUCAAACUUCGCGCAGCCUGCCUCUACCGAACAAGGACGCCGCACCUUCGCCGAUAGCGCUGUGCGCCUUCUGAAGGACCUUGGCCUAGAUGGCCUUGACAUUGAUUGGGAGUAUCCGAAGUGUGAAUCUGAAGCUCAAGACUUCGUGAAACUGCUUUGUGAAACUCGUUGUGCUUUGGAGGCCUACUCAGCCACCCUCCCAAGCAGACCUCACCUUCUCCUAACUGUAGCAUCUCCUGCGGGACCUUCGAACUGCCACUGGCUAAAGCUGCGAGAAAUGGAUCAGUAUCUUGACUUCUGGAAUAUGAUGGCUUAUGACUUUGCCGGAUCCUGGGACAGCGCUGCCGGACAUCAGGCAAAUAUCUACCCAUCGCAGCAACACCCUGGAUGCACGCCGUUCAGUGCAGACUUUGCUGUUCGCUACUAUAUUGACCACGGCAUCCACCCGAGCAAGAUUGUUCUGGGCAUGCCGCUGUAUGGUCGUGCAUUCCAGCAGACCGAUGGCCCUGGGUGUGGCUACAGCGGUGUGGGCGAGGGCAGCUGGGAGAACGGUGUCUGGGACUAUAAGGCCCUCCCUCGCCCCGGCGCCCAAGUCUGCCAUGACCAACAAGCUAUAGCGUCCUGGUGCUACGAUCCUGCCUCAAAGACCAUGGUGUCAUACGACACGCCCCAAGUCGCCGCACAAAAGGUGCAAUACAUCAAGCAAAUCGGCCUCGGCGGUGCAAUGUGGUGGGAGAGUAGCGGAGAUCGUCCUGCCACCGAAGGCGAUAGCUUGAUCAACAUCACUGUCCAAGGCUUGGGGGGAUAUGAGGGCAAGCAUAUGGAGCGGGUCAAGAACGUGCUCGAGUAUCCUGAAAGCAAGUAUGACAAUUUGAGAGCUGGUAUGCCUGGGGAGUAGAAGUAGACAGAACUCACAUCAAGAACAUCUCACG